ACCGUUUUAAAUUUCAGUUUCAAUUUCAUUUUCAUGUUCGUGUCGCAGCUACAACUUCAACUGGUGAGUAAAACCAGAUAAAGACGCGACUGAUGCUGGUCGAAGUCAUCGGUAUAUUAUUGAUGGAUCGGUAGAGUUUAUAACAGGGACAGUAUGGGGGCCAGCACAUCUGUUCAACAUGAGUCAUCGGAGAGCCACAGCGGCAGCAGUGGCGGCAGCGACAGCAGCAGCAGCAGCAGCAGCAGCAGCAGCGGUAGCAGCAGCCAACCACCCAACAAGUCAAAUGGGAAGCUUCCCCGCAAUAACAGCUUCCAGUUUCUGCCACCUGACAUGGUUAGGCCACAAGGGGACCAGAGCAUAUGUGCCACUGCCCGACAUGAAUACAGUGGACAGAACCGACAAGAUCCAAGCUGUGCUAUUCAAUGAGGACCUCCAUCAACGACCAAAUACAUCACCCCUCUAUAGGGGCAGAAUAGAAUAGAAUAGAAUAGAAUAGAAUAGAAUAGAUGUUCAUGAUUUAUUAUGCACUUCAAUUCUGGGCUGGGGAUUAUUAAUUAAUUAAUUGCGUUAGUGGAAGAAGUGAUCAUAUUUUGACUGAAGUCAUAGUAACAAUACAAUGCUAGAAAUACUGUUUUGCAGGUAAAAGUCUUGCAUAGAAGAGUUUACAUAACAAAAGUGCAAAAGUAUUAUUAGCAAGAACUACCAUAAGUAUUUUAGUAAAAUGUAUUGAUGAGUAGAAUGGUGCCUUUUUGCACAUUUUAACUACUUUAUAUGCUAUGUUUGAUGACACUAAGGUCAGGUCCUUUGUAUUUUUUCUAAAUGUUAUCAUUUCUUUUUUUUUUUUUUAUCUCAAUACAUUUUCUAAAUAGUUAAAGCAACCAAUUGCCAAAAGUACCCCCAUGUUUUGAUGAGUUGUGCGUGUACAGUAUUGUCCUGCCAUCCACUCAUGAGGGGGCUGUAUUCCACGUGACCUACACCACACACUAAAACAAGUUACUAUCAGUUUACACCACAGGGACAGAAGCAGUAGCAGCAACUGUGUGCAAAAGCUGAGCUCAAACUAUGGACUCAUACGGUUAAAUCAUGACAUGUCCAAACUUUUACUCUGACUUUAGGAAACAGUAGGCAUUACAUGACAACAAAAGAUACACUGCAGCAGCUUUGAAUAAACCAUCAGCUUAUCCUGCAGUCAGGCUGUCUGCUGUUGACCUGAUAGUGUUAAAUGUCAUUUUGUUAAUAACACAAUUACAAAACCAAAACUAGGCAGGGUCAGAAUCUUCAUCCUAAAACAUCCCGUGGUCACUUUUUUAUCAGAUAUCUUCGCGUUGUCCUCUGGAAUGAAAAUGUUCAUGUAUGGAUUUGUAUGUGUCAUUGUCUUUAUACAGAACGAGACUGAAAAAAACUCUGUAGAACACUAAUGAUCACUCUGACAUUAACAGUGUUAAAAUGUCAGUUUCUCUGCAAUUAAACUGAAUUUUUCAGUAAAGAUACCCACACCCCUUUGCCCCAUCUGCAUGUACAUAUCCUUAAUAAAUUAUAUUUAUUGUAGUGCUGAAUCAUGGU